AUGCCUCGACGACCCCCAUCCGACACUUUCACACGCUUCACUUCGACGACACCACACGCAAUGCAACGACCCGCAACAACAGCUACAUUCCAAUACCAGCCGGCCUCUCGACCAGCAGCUGACCGGCAACCCUCACCUUCCUCAUCUUCCUUCCAAUCUCCCGGCCACUCCCGCGGUCCUCCCGGCGAAACACCCCUCGAACGAGUCGAGCGUCUGCGUGCCGAAGCCCGCGCUGCUAAAGAAGCGGCCAACUACUCGCCGAUCGAACAACUGAUCGGCGCGGGCCGCCGCUGGGCCGACCGCGCCCACCGCUUCACCGCAUACGGCCUGAUCCUUUUCGCGGGUCUUUCGACAGUGGUAGCGGCCUACGGCACCGUAUCUCUCGUCGCACAUAAUCGACGACAAAAACGCGCGUGGAUCGAGCGGGAACUCGACCGACUAGACGAAGCGAGAGCGGCGUUUCUACGCGGCGAGGCAAACGCGGAGCAAUUGCAUUUACUCGAGCAGGAGAGGGCGGGGGAGGAGAUCGAAAGGCAACGUAUGCGGGAAGUCGAAAGGAAGAGGAGCGAAAGUUAUUGGAGCAAAUUCAAGGGGAUGGUGGGCGCGCAGACGGCAAAAGGAGAUAUGGGAGUGGAGACGGAGGAGGAGAGACAGCAAAGAGAAGCAAGGAAGAUGAGACGACAGAAGAUGAAAGAAGAGGGAUGGAUUGAGGGUGAGGUUCAGGCGGUGGCGGUGGCUCCGAGUGGGAUCAAAGGGGUCGGUGUGGAUUCCAAGGGACGACCCGUUCCAGCGAAUACAGUCGAAUAUGUGGUGAACAAAGUUGAAGGUGAGAGGAGGACUGGAGAGAAAGAAGUCACGGCACGGAGUGGCAUUACGGGUGGUCCGUUGGAUGUGAUGGCCGACAAUGUGAAGGAGGCCGUAACACCCUCGACAGAGAGUCGAGGCUGGCUCAGCUGGAUCCGAGGCAGCAAAUCCUAG